AUUCUUUCUUGUGGGAUAAUUGUGUGGCAAGCUUGUUCGUUGAUUUUUUUCCCAAUCCAUCAUCACUGACAUCAGACUUAACAGCGGCGCGCAUUCGGGGAGCGCGCUCGACUUUCUGAGCGCGAGACAGUUUAUCUGUAAUCCGCUUCUUCAUUCGGCUCCUUCUCAACGGAAUAAUACACGGUUGCACUGUGUUUGAAGAUGGCGGCUCCCAGCUUUUGUUGUCUGUUAGCUCUGCUCCUCAUCACACUGACCCACACCUCGUACAGCUCUGAGAUGCAAUCUGAAAAUGCCAAACGGAGUCUGGCUCUGUCUUCCACCUCUGACUCCAAGCAAGACCAUGAAAUAGGACUACUGGGCGGCAGCCAACGAUGGAGACACUGGUCACGUAAAGAAAAGGAUAGUGUUGUGCUUCACUCUCAAAGGCCACUGGAUCAACCGGAGGAUGAUGGGACAAGUCUGGAGGGUCUAAGCCCUGUAAGGCUGGAGAUAGGGCCUGGGGAGAGUAUGAGGACGGAGGUUCAUGAGGAGGUCAGGGGUCCUGCUCAUAUGCGGCGGGGAAAUCAUCCACCGGAGGGAGAGUUCAAUCGUAAAGGCAGGAGACAUGGCCACGGUCAUCAGGCUGAUCACAGAAAACAGGGAGGCAAAAGAGACAAAGGUCGAGCUAAAGGGGAUCUCUAUGACCCUGAACCAGAAUUAGGCUCCUUGUUGAAGGAUAUGAAUGCAUUUGAGGAUGGUUUUUACACCUCCCCGCCCAAUCACGACAAUGCCCCACUCACUGAAGCUCCCUCCUCUCUCUUCCCCAUUUUGGUAACCACGGCAAUCAACGAGCAUCCCCCAACACUGUCCCCAGCCUCCACCAAACCCCAGGUACCCUGGCAAGCAGAAGCGUCCUUGAGUAUGAAGCUGGGUCGAGGGAAGACUCAAGGGGAGGUGAUGCCGACUCUGGACAUGGCACUCUUUGACUGGACUGAUUAUGAGGAUAUGAAGCCUGUAGACGCUUGGCCAUCCAACAAAAGAAAAGAUAAACGCCGUGGCAAAAACAAGAGUAAUGGGAACGCAACACUUGAUGCUGAUGUCAUUGACCCAUGUGACCAUCAUCUCGACUGCCUCCCUGGUUCCUGUUGUGACCUGAGAGAACAUGAGUGCAAACCUCACAAUCGUGGCCUAAACAACAAGUGUUAUGAUGACUGCAUGUGUGAAGAGGGUCUGCGUUGUUAUGCCAAGUUUCACCGCAAGCGGAGGGUGACCCGAAGACGGGGCCGCUGUGUGGAGCCAGAAUCAGCCAACAGCAACCAAGGAGCCUUCAUCACCAUCUGACAUAUAGAGAGCCAUCUGACAUAUAGAGAGAUACCCCAUGACUGAUGAUGGACUGAGCUUUGAAGAAUGUGGGUCAAAGUUAAACGUCCUCAGCCCACAGUAUAAAUGUACAUACACUGUUCAUCUGCCUGUAAGAGGGAGCACGAGUCAAAAUUAAAUAUAGAAUGGCUUUUAAAUUCUUGGAUUUGAAUUGAGGUAGCAAUCAGGAUACAGAAUUAAUUUGAAACAGGAAGUAGAAUUGUAUUUUUCAGUUUGAAUUAACCAUAAACAUUAUCACACACUCAACAUAGAAACACUAGAUGAUAUUAAUAAUAACAUUUUGAAAUGCCACCUAUUAAAAUUUGUCUGUGAUUUGUAAUUUCAUUAAAUAUAAUCAAAUUGUGUUUUUGGACCACGGAAUUAAUCAAAGCCAACUAAUGGACCACUGAAUUUUCUAACAUACUUUUACUAGUAGUACACUUUUGUGGAUAGAUAUAUAGCUCAAUAUAUUAUGUAAUUGAUAGAUUCAAAUUUGGUCAGUAUUUAUUUUAUUUUUUUUAACAAAAUUAAUUGAAAAAAAUUUGCCGAUUUUAUUUGUGAUGCAGGUAGGCAUAAUUAAAACCUGAAAAUAUACUAGAGGCAGUAAAAUGGCAACAACAUUUAACUUUUCAAACAAAUGAUGAUUAUGGGGACAGAUUAUCUAUUAAUAAACAAUAAUUCUUCCAUGGUUCCUUGCACAAUAUUAUAGCAUAACCUCAAAAUGUUUUUACCAUAGCACAUGAUUUGUAAAUAAAUACAUUUUGACACUGGCAUCACAUAACCAGCUCCAUAUGUAUGGCUUUUCUAACAUAGUAAACUUGCUCAGUCUCUCACCCGGUACAGCACUGCACUUUGCGAUGCAAAACGCUCGGCUAUGAGUUUCAUGAAACACAAGUCAUGAUAAAAGAGAUCAAACUUGUAGAAAGUCCCAUUGUUUCCUUAGCUAAUGCAUUUUUAUCUCACAUUUGCUUUGGUUAACACUGUUGGUUAGGUUUAAGGGUAGGUUUAAGUGAAAGUGGUACAGGAUGUUAUUUAAUUUUCACAGGCAUGUAUUCAUUUUCAAUGAACCUUGGUUGGAAGUGAAAAUGUAUUUAGUUUAUAGAAAUAGGUCUGUUCAAAGAAAAAUGAUUUGCGCGUAUCAGGGAUUUAAUAAGCACAGUUAUACAACAAUAGUGAUUAAAUUGAUGAUGCAAUUAUUUAUGCUAUGUCAUAAAACUUUAAUUUCUACUUUGAAUUACAAUUCGGUCAAUUCCUCUUUCUGUUAUUCAAAUUCCAAUUCAACAUUCUGACUGUGGCCAACUGAAUAUGAGAAUCCACACUUACGGAAUUUAAAGGAAGCAGCUCCUUAAAUUAUGAAUUUUGCCCAACCCUGCUGUUUGUCAAAACUUACUUAUAAGUUUGUACAGAAUCAUUUGUGUCUGAAUGGAAGGCUUUUCUACUGAUUAUUGUUGUACUACUGUCAGUAACUAUUGCUACUCCUGUAUUAUAGAUAUUGAUUUGUUUGGUUUAUUUGUAAUAUAUGCUUUAUUUAUUCAAGUACCAAACAACUUCUUUUAUUGAGAGAUGUAUCAGUGUGCUCUUCUUUAAUGACUGUGCGUUCUGACAGAAAGAUGUAUGGGUGAAUGAGUGAUUGUUACCUAUAUGGGUUAGAGGGAUAGAGGUAGACAGAGGAGAUUGAGGGAGAGAUGGAUGAAUUGUCAGUUUAAACUUCUGAGCUUCUUUAUGAUCUGACAAACAUCUGCAUCCCAUCAAUGUCUUGAUUUAAUUGUUUAUUAGACUUUUAUGUUAGUGGAGCUGAAAUGCUUUAGUCUUUGUAAAGUCUUUUCUGUCACCUGUUUUCAACUUGAAAUUUCUCACACUCAAUAAAUUGUUGAUUAUUUUUAACUGGUAUACCAGAAAUAAACUUAACUAAGGACACUUGGA